AUGUUUGAUUGGAUACGUUUUAUAUGGGCUUUGAUCGUGAUUUACCUCUUCAAGGGAAAGGAAAAUAUCAUACAGACAAAGGCUGAAUUGGCCAAGCAAGAACACUUUCCAAAGAAGAAGAAACAAGAAGAACAAGUCUCGCAUCAUCAUGCCGAAGAUGUUUAUCACGAAAUUGUACCAUCACAUAAACAUGUUACUCACUAUUUGGUAACUCCUUUUGAUUUGGACUGGAAUUUGCACAUGAAUAAUGCUCAAUAUUUAACUGCUAUGGAAUUGGGAAGAGUUUCAUACUUUUUGACAACAGGAUUACAAACAAGAGCUAGAAAGCUUAAAGUUAAUCCAUUGUUGAUGGGAGUAUCAUUCCAAUUUAGAAAAGAUGUUGGUUGUUUUACUAAUAUCAAAUUGGAAACACAAGUAAUUUCCUAUGAUGACAAAUUCAUGUAUUUUGAACAAACCUUGUCAACUGGUAAACAUCAACAUAUUGGAAGAGGUAUUGCUCGUGUUGGUUUUGCUCAGAGAGGAAAGGGAUUGCUCUCCAGUCAAGAUUGGAUUAAACUUCUCCCAACAAACAGUAAAUCAGAAGAGGAAAUGAAAUUGGCAGAAGCUAUGCAUCUUGAUAAACAAAUCGAAAAGGCCAAGACUUUCCUGAGAGAAGAUCAAUCACAAACAGUUAGUGUUGAUGAACACGCUCAAGCUAGUAUGGCAAAGGAAGUUUUAAAGAGAUUGGAAAGAGUCAAGACUUUUGCUGCUCACGAUUUGACUUUGAAGGAGUAA